AUAGCGGAGGGGACAAACUUGUUGAUGUUGAGUUGGCAGUUUGGCUUCAAUGUGAAUUCGUCACAUAUGAGUGUUUUUCCUCAAAUCUGCACCUUGCAUGUAGGCGUCUUGAAUCUGAGCGCAUAAUUCACACCCAGCAGAACCUUUUUGUGUCUAUGCCGUUAUCACAGAGCGGCGUCGCGACGUUACGGUCUGGGGGGGACUCAGCCCACCGUGGGUAUCACUUAAACCUAUUUGUAUUCUCUUGGUUUUUAAUUCUUGUAGUGCUGGACGGACUGAUGCGGCGGCUGCCAUGACACUAAGAAGAGUAAAUGGAGUCCUGCUCGUUCUACUGGCUGUAGCCAUACUGAUCAUAGUUCAUCGAAACCUCCUGAACCUCAGUGACUUCUUAGACAGAGAAAACCCAGAUGCUGGACAGAUUCUUCCUUUCGAGGCGGAGUUGUCUCCUGGUGUCGGGGAAAAGACGGAAAGGAAAAGAGACGGGAUUCCUGUCCUCAUCACUGCCACAGAGGACAGGCUUGGGGCUGUGAUAGUUGCAAUGAACAGCGUCUCCCAGAACAGCAAAGCCAACGUGGUCUUCACUAUUGUGACCCUGAAUGAUACAGUUGAUCACCUAAAGGCGUGGAUAAGCAAGACAACGUUAAAAAAUGUCAAAUAUAAAAUAGUUAUUUUCCAACCAGAGCUUCUGAAUGGGAAGUUGUCAAAAGAUCCUAAAAUGCUGGAAGCUGCAAAACCAUUGACUUUUGCCAGGUUUUAUCUGCCUAUGUACAUACCUGAGGUAGAGAAGGCGAUCUAUCUCGAUGAUGACGUUGUUGUACAAGGAGACAUUCAAGAGCUUUAUGAAAUGAACCUGAAACCAGGACAUGCAGCUGCCUUCUCUGAUGAUUGUGACUCAGCGUCUGCUAAGGGCAUCAUACGAGGAGCUGGAAAUCAGAACAACUACAUGGGUUUCCUGGACUUUAAAAAGGAGGCUAUUAAAAAACUGGGGAUGAAGGCCAACACAUGCUCCUUUAAUCCAGGAGUCAUUGUUGCAAACCUGACCGAGUGGAAGAACCAAAACAUCACCCAGCAGCUGGAGAAGUGGAUGGAGCUCAACUCUCAGGAGGAUCUGUACAGUAACACACUUGCAGAAAGCAUUACAACCCCUCCACUUCUCAUCGUCUUUUAUAAACGUCACUCCUCCAUCAACCCGAUGUGGCAUGUGAGACACCUGGGUAUCACAGGUGCUGGAAAUCGCUACUCUCCCCAGUAUGUGAGCACUGCUAAACUGCUGCAUUGGAAUGGACAUUAUAAGCCCUGGGGGAGGACAUCGUCCUUCUCUGGCGUGUGGGACCAGUGGUUCAUUCCUGAUCCCACAGGGAAGUUUCAUCCCGUGCGAAGACACGCAGACUGAAAAAUUACUCUUCGGAGACCUUUGGACCAACGCAGUCCCUGGCAGAACACAGUGUGGCUCCUUUCACCUCAGGAACUAAGCAGCCAGCAGUCUUAUUCGUCAUUUUGUGGGCCUCUUCACUCUGACAUUAUCUUGAACACAGAUGCCUGUUUUUACAAAAUGUUUUCCUUGCAAUGACUCCAACUUGUCUGAUUAAACCCGAGUUUCUUUUACCACAUAUAAUACAUCAUCAAUCAUAUGAUACAGCAUUACAUAAUGUUUUAGAGUUUCUCAGGCCUUUGAGACCAUAUUUGACCAUAGAUUUAUUCUUUUUGUUUAGGAAUCCCAUGGCCACAUGACCUUUAGAGUGGUGUUUUAGGUGCUGUGACUCACACAGAUCAGUUACUGCCUCACAAGUGCACUAAAAUGAAGCGGUUACCAUUUUCACAACUUUAGAGUCUUUAAUAUUUUGCAUACCUAAUUAGUGGGAGAUAACCACAUACAGCUUAAAGCUUGUCAUAUUUGUUGGUCCUCAGAUUAGCUUUGACACAGAAGUUAAACUCCAAGCUAAAAAAGGAACUAAACAAAAACAAUUUAAUCUAAAUUUAAGAUUAAAUUAUUUUAUGUUUGUUAAACUGCAGGAAGGCUGCCAAGAGAAAUGGUCAUCACUGUGCAAAGAUUUUAUGCCCAUUUAUUGUCAUUGCUUAAUUAUAGCCUUAAUAGAACCAUAACUGUUGCUAAAUGAUAGCUUAGUGUAAGAUAAAGGGUUUUUCUGUUUACAGAGCAGUAAUGAUCUAGUUGCCAAUGUGUAUAUAUGUCUGCUUACCUCCUCCCUGGUAACUCUUCCAAAGGCUAAUGUCAGUGCUUAAAAUACUUUAGGAUUUUUUUUUUUUGCACACAAGAUUUAUCCAACCUCUACUUUUUUUUUUUUUAACCAGUAUUUAAAAACCUCAAGUUGACCACUUUAAAUACAACCUCAAACUUUUUCCCCAACUAUGCUGGUGUAAGAAUGAACACUAACAUUCCUUGUUACACUGUGGAUUUUUAAUGAUCAGACCACUAACCUCUGCGUUGCCUCGGCAUUUGCACAAAUACUGCAUGCCUUGUUUGCUUUUUAAGUAGUUUGCUUUUCUGUUUUGUACAAUACCAAUAAAAUAUAUUUGCUGUUU